AUGCGAGUGGGUGACCGCAUCGUCCUCCAAGGGACCCAUCGGGGCACUAUUAGGUACAUAGGCAGUGUACCCAAUCAGGCUGGGGAAUGGACGGGCGUGGAGUGGGACGAUGCCUCCCGAGGAAAGCAUGACGGCUGUGUGGCCGGUCAGAGACUGUUCACAUGUCAGCGGCCUGGGACUCCAGCGACCUUCGUGCGCUCCCGGAAGCUGGUAGAGUCUCUCCUCCCCGUGAUGAGCCUCCUGGAGGGCCUGAGGGAGAGGUACUGCAGGGAUGAGGCCCCCAGCCUGGACCUGCCGUCCCCCGGCCAGCACCCCAAAGGGCGGGGUGUGGUGGUCAUGGGCAGGGCUGACCUCCUGGCGGCAGCCUCGGACUUGACCAUGCUAGCCCACGCCAGCGUUCUUGGCAUGCACGUCGCCGCCAGGGACCCCCCUGAUGACCUGUCCCAGGCUCUGCCCAGCCUACAGGACCUGGAUGCCGGCGAUACCCUGCUCGGAAGCUGGCACGCGGCUGCCACGGCGCUCUCGAGCCUGCCCGCGCUGCGCACGCUGAGCCUGGCGGGGACACGGCUGGAGGCGGUCCCCGCCCUGCCGCCCCCGCCGCCCCUCCCUGCCCUGCGGACCCUGGUUCUGUCCAGCACGGGGGUGGGCUGGGGGGGCGCGCUGCGGAUCGGUCGCUCUCUGCCCUCCCUCGCCGCGCUGUGCCUCUGCGACGAGAGCGUGGAGGACGUGAGCCCUGCUGAGAAGGGUGAGUGCGACCUGACGGCCACCUUCCCUGCUCUGGAGUCCCUGGAUCUGAGCGGGAACCUCCUUGCCAGCUGGCGGCAGGUGGCAGCCCUGGCCACCCUCCCGUCGCUCCAAACCCUCAACCUCACGGGUAACCCCUGGGGCAGCAGUGGCGACGACAGCGACUGCGCAGUGCCCUGCCCCCCUGGCUUCCGCACGCUGCGUACGCUACUCCUGGGCGGCACCCGCGUGUCCAGCUGGAGCCAAGUUCAGGCCCUGGACGGCCUGCCAGCGCUGGCCAGCCUUCGCCUGACUGACACGCCCCUGUGGACUCGGGCCCCCGCCACCGCACGAGCCCAGACCAUCGCCCGACUGGGGGGCCUGGUGCAGCUCAACGGCAGCCAGGUGGCGGCUGAGGAGCGGAGGGAUGCUGAGCUGUGGUACCUCCGUAAAGUCACUGGUGGGGUGGCGACGGGGGAAGAGUUGAGGGCCCUGAAUGCGGCUGAACUCGUCGGAGGCAGGGGUUGGCCGACGCCCUGUGUGAUGAGGCGCUGCACCUCUGCCUGGCCCAUGCCUGAUGAGCACAGGGUCAUCGCCCUCCCCCGCCCUGCUCAUCAGAUGAGCUGGCUGCGAGCCCGCAGGAUAAAGAGGGCGUGCUCGCCUGCCACCCCCGCUACCCCGCUCUGCUGCAAGCACUGGGGGCCCCUGCCCCUGCCCUGGCUUCCAGGGGGACUGGGCCAGGGUCCAGCCGGCUCCUGGAGAUCGCCCUGCACCAUGAAGAGCGUGUGGUCAUCAAGCGCCUGCCAGAGUCGCUGA